AUGCGCGUUGAUACGGCAGAGCGUCCGCAGGAGGAUCCACUCUUCGCUUCGCCAGACGACCCGCAUUUAACUCCUCCAUUAUACAAUCAGCUUUCUGAACACCCGCUUGGGGCCAUUAACGCUCCCGAGGAUGACGAGCAAAUGCGGUGCUUCAACUGUGGCGAAUUGGGGCAUCGCCUGCAAACCUGUACCGAGCGACGUGACAGGCAGCGCAUCGCGUCCGCCCGCAUGCGCUUCGAAGAAGACGGCCUAUUGAACUCUCCGUGGGGCUCCCUCACCGGCCACUCGAGCAUAGAGCGGCGCCUCGCAAUGCUCAUGACGUUUUCUCCUGGAGAGGUGCGGGGCACCGUCUUGCGCGAUGCUCUUGGCCUACUUGAUUAUCGCGAUCGUGGUUAUCAUGCACCAUGGCUGGCAAAUAUGGCCCAGUGGGGAUAUCCGCCUGGCUGGUGCUCAUCGUAUGACCCCAUGGUCUUCCUACAGCACCAUGUCGUGACUGGCGGACAAGAUGGCGGUGCUUCAAAAUUAUUCAUUUUUGGCGAUGCUGAGGUCGAACUUCUUGAUUUGAGCAAUGCCAUCAAGCCCCUCGAGGCGGCACCUACACCAGAUUGCGAGGUGACUGAACAGCGCAUGCCCAGUACCAGAAGGCCACCUUACAUGUUCCCACCUCGACGACGCUGGGUAUUCUACCCAUUUAGUGACGAACUCCCUGUCUAUGACGGACGACACCUGCCUUCCAUGGGCAUCAAUAUCUCACUGAUGGCUGUCCCUCGGCCAUUCUACCCUGUUUCGCCGUCAUUGCUUACGAUACCUCCCCCUCCAUCUUUAGCCCCUCCUCCGCCUCCUCCCGGUUCUCCCCCGCCUUUGCCCAUUAGCUCACCUCCACCUCUUCCUCCUACAGAAAACGUCCGGAACGAUAUUCUCACAACCAGCGCUUCCGCCGAGGGCGAAUCAGACAUGGAAAUAUCAUCAGACUCGGAUUCUUAA